AUGCCGAACUGGGGAGGAGGAAAGAAGUGUGGCGUGUGUCAGAAGGCGGUGUACUUCGCUGAGGAGGUGCAAUGUGAAGGCAGCAGCUUCCACAAGUCCUGCUUCUUGUGCAUGGUCUGUAAGAAGAACUUGGACAGCACCACUGUUGCUGUGCAUGGAGAGGAGAUCUACUGCAAGUCCUGCUACGGCAAGAAGUACGGCCCCAAGGGCUAUGGAUACGGGCAGGGAGCAGGGACCCUGAGCACUGACAAGGGCGAGUCCCUGGGAAUCAAAUAUGAAGAGGGCCAGCCCCACCGACCCACCAACCCUAAUGCAUCCAGAAUGGCCCAGAAAAUCGGAGGUGCUGAUGGGUGCCCUCGCUGUGGUCAAGCAGUAUAUGCAGCCGAGAAGGUGAUUGGAGCUGGAAAGUCCUGGCACAAGUCCUGCUUCCGCUGCGCCAAGUGUGGCAAAAGCCUGGAGUCCACCACCCUGGCAGACAAAGACGGGGAGAUCUACUGCAAAGGUUGCUACGCCAAGAACUUUGGUCCCAAGGGCUUUGGCUUUGGGCAAGGCGCUGGCGCGCUCGUCCACUCGCAGUGAGGCACCAGGAGCCAGGCUCUCCGCUCGCUCAGGGCUUGUCCAGACCAGCCUGUGCUGCCCGACCCUUCCCGCACCCGCAGUGAGCAUCCUCACCAUCAUCAAUAACCACCCGCUGCUUCACAGCACGAGCCCCUUCCUCCCUGCCCUGACCCAGCGCACCCUGAAGCUGUGGGAGUCCCAGCAUCAUCCCCAUCGGGUCCUGCUGGUGCGGGUGCCGGCGGGGAGACAGCUCACACCCACCCGCAGCAAGGCCCGUGUGCCCGAAACAUUCUACUCCGCGUUGCCCAUCCUGCCGGGAUGCAAGCUCAGCCGUGCCAUGCCGUGUCACUGAGAAAGCAAUAAACAUCAAAGCUGAUCCAU